AAAAUACUAAUCAGGUCACCGCAGAUUUCGUUGAUUAAAUGAUUGAUAGGCAGGUUGUUGAACCCUUUUUAUUGGUACACGGACUUUUCGCCGCCGGACGUUUCGGCGCGCGGCACUUCAUUUCGGCAUUUCACGCGGGACCUUUAGCCGAAGUCAAGUGUGGGACGCCCCUUAGCUCACACAUUUCUCUCGCCAUUGUAUCAAUGUUUUUUCUCAAAGCUGUUGCGCAUAAUCUGUAGUGAUGUGCUAAUUGCGGACGGUAAACAAUCCUCCCGGUCUUCCUGUAGGUCUGUUCACUCAGACAGCGUGUCUCUCAAUGCUACCCAGCGGUGUCGGUCCAUGUUCACCGGACCGAGUCGCCUUUCUGACAGACUCCAUGUUGACUUACGUAAACAACCCGAAAUUCCUUUACACGUCAUGUGAUGCAAUAUAAUGAGUUGCGUGAUCUAGUCACGUGACUUUCAAGAUGGUCUCUCAACCGUUGUAACACAAGUAAGGGGAGGAAAAAAGCGAAGAAGAGUAGGAAAGGACAAAGAAUGGCGAGACAGAGACAUUAGAGAUAGAGUGACAGAGAUUCGCCAAACAAAAUUUAAGAAGAGACACAAAGAAGACGAAAUGUCACGUGACAGAUAAACAUCGCAUUUCUUUAUGAGUCCUAACCUCCUCCACCCGACAAGUGGGUGUCUAUAGGUGGUCCUAGCUUCCAAAAGCAAGUAAAUCCGCUUAACCCCUUGGCUGCUACAAUUAAAGCUGAGAGAAAGAAUUUAGAGUUAAACCAUAUUACAUACUUUUAUAAACCUUUCAUCGCCCAUCACAAAUACAAGCUAAUUUGUGAGUAAAGGUUAAAAGAAAUUAUCUCAGGCAUGAGCCAAAUAAUCAUAGCCAGGAAAACACAUUCAGUGCUUCUUUUGUGGAAAGGAGUAUUUAUGACGGUGCUGACAAUUGCAGCCGACAGUCACGGACCACCGAUGACUUGCGCUCGAAAGUGUUGCUCCGCCUGUCCGUCGUCCUUCUCGCCCGACCUGCCAACCUCGUCAGGGAACGACGACUGCCGGCAACACGGAGUCGAGUCUGUCCCAGUCAGGCACACACGUGGUGUCUCCACGACUGCAAUGCCACACAUUAUGAACAACACGGCGUUCAGUUUUACUGACCUGGGAGACGAGACAGUCCGCGCUCGUCCUCAACAGGGAAAUCCUCCAACAGGUCCUUCCACCCAAAAGAGAUCAGUCAGGACAUUCAUCAAAGGAUUGACGUGGCGCCACCUACUCAUUGCAUGUCUAAUCAUCGCUCUCAUCGCUGUGGUCAUCGCUGUCUCUGUUUACUUUGGCAAAAAAAGGAAUACAGCAGAAGCUGAGAGUUGCUUCCCUUCACCUGGAGUCAGGCUGGACUACAGUCAGGAUGCCAACUUUGUGGCGUAUGUUGUGCUGUUCUGGCCAUGGUCGUCAGACAUGAACAACUCAAGCAGUCAGGUGUACGACGAGAGAAAAAUACAGGCUGACUACUUGGUGAAGAAGAUCUUCCAGUCCAGCUCACGAUCCUCUUGUAUAACGUGUGUGGCGAAAGACAUGGUCAAGUUCGGCGGAAACACACUACUUCUAGUGAACCUGAAUGUCACCUGCGAGUCGAUGACCGAGGGCGACAUACAAAACGCCUACGAAGAAGGCUACUCACGCCUGCUGACGACACAGGACAAAAGCUGUGUCAGCAACAUCAACCCGAAGACUUCUGUCAAUAGCAUUGGUGAGGACACAAUCGCAGGACCCUCACCGAUAUCCAGCACCAUCUGUGGUCAGUCACAGCUGUACCCUGCUCCUAAAAUAGUAGGCGGUCAGCAGGUACAUCGUGGACAGUACCCGUGGGUCGUCAUGUUGUUGAGAGAUGGAAGAUUCUAUUGCGGCGGCACCAUCUGGGAUUACGAUCACAUUCUAACUGCAGCUCACUGCGUUCCUGAGUUUCUGACGAACAACUUCACCGGGGAGGUGAACACCUCAGGGCUGGAGGUCAUUGCCGGCAAGUGGGAGUCUGAUGUCGAUGGAGGGUACCCUGGGGAGCAGCGUGUGGGGGUCGCUGCGGGGCGCAUCUACGUCAACUACAGCACGGAAGACGUAAUAAAAGACAUCGCCAUUCUGAAACUGAACCAGUCUCUAGAGCCCACCCAGCUAGUGAUGAAAGUAUGUCAUCCUACUGCUGAUGCCACCCUUCCAGAGCAGGGUAUAGUCGCAGGCUGGGGGAACACCCAUACGCCAACUGCUCCGGACUCCCUGCUGAGUGUGCAGUUGACUGUCUUUGACCACCACACGUGCGCUCAGCUCCUCAGCUUCACUCGCAACACCCUCUACCACUUACCUGUUGGGACCGUGUGUGCCAUAGGCAAUCAACUGAAAGACAAAGAUUCUUGUAAUGGGGACUCUGGGGGUCCACUUUUCUGGAACUUGGGAACAGCUGCUGAUGAGAGACACACCGUUAUCGGCGUCGCCAGCCAUAUCAUAGGACCAACAGGUUGUGAAGGCCUCGGACUUCCGGGAGUUUAUGCUUCGGUUCAAUUCUUCCUUGACUGGAUCGAGGACACUAUUACCUUUCUUUGAUGUAAUUGGUUGAGUUGUAUUGUAUACAAACACGUGAUCCUGCGCACAUAAUGCAAAGAGAUCAACAGAUGCAGACGGACAGACGGACAGACGGCAGCCUGGCCAGGACACACGAAAAGGAGAAAAUCAACUGAAAUACUGACUGGCGGCCAGAGAUUUAUCACAUGACAAUUUGCGUGCGUGAGUAUGUCAUGAUGAUAAAUGAUGAUUGAUGAUCGAAUUGAUGAUUGAUUAUUGGUUGAUGGGCGAUUGAUUAUUGAUUAAUGAUUGUUUGAUUAUUGAUAAUGAUAAUGGUGAUGAUGGAUUGAUGAUUAAUUGAUGAUUUACUGAUGAUUGAUUGAGUGAUGAUGACGACGCUGAUGAUGUAUGGAUGAAGAUGAAUAGAUGAUAGAUUGGAUGAUUGAUAAUGGAUUGAUCGAUGAUUAUUGGUGAUAAAUUGAUAAUUAUUAAUAAUGAUGAUAAUGACGACUGAUAAUUAAGUCUUUGAUGAUGAUGAUGAUGAUGAUGAUGAUGAUGAUGAUGAUGAUGAUGAUGAUGAUGAUGAUGAUGAUGAUGAUGAUGAUGAUGAUGAUGAUGAUGAUGAUGAUGAUGAUGAUGAUGAUGAUUGUUAGAAUUCACCUACUACUUAGUUGUGAGUAAGAGAGAAAAAGAAAUACUCUGCAUUCAAGCUGUAAAGUGAUCCUGCUUUGUGGGAAAUUGCAGAUUAGCUUUGAUGUGUAUGUUGUUUUUAUACCUUCUUUUUAUCUUGUAGCUCGUGAGUAUUCAAUUGUGCACGCUUCUAAAACCUUAAGUAUACUUUCAAAUGUU